UGAACUUCUAGGCGUGACUUUGUGAGACACAUUACUCCAAGGAUAAAAAGAACCGCACGAGUUAGAAAUCGACCAGAAGAUGAAUGGAUUUCGCAUCUUUAAACCCGACCCAGAUCUACCUUUUUGCACCGCCAGUUCAGUACUUCACACCCAACACAAGUUCCCACCUUCACCCGUUUUCAGAUUCGGGUAUCGACCCGUUUUCAACCCUCUGUUACAGAAACCUAUCUCCUUGUCUUCUAUUUCUUCUCACCAAAAUGCCUGCCACAAGAAGAGGUUGACCGCCGUGAAGGCCAGCCGCACAGGAGAGACUCCUUACGAGGUCUUGGGCGUCUCACCUGCUGCAACUCAAUAUGAAAUUAAGAAAGCUUAUAGGAAACUAGCUCUUAAAUAUCAUCCUGAUGUCAAUAAAGAGCCCAAUGCAAAGGAAAAGUUUAUGAGGAUUAAGCAUGCCUACAACACAGUGUUAAACUCCAAGGCAAGAAAGAAGUAUGGUUCUGGAAGUGGCUCAUCUAAUGAUUCUUAUGACACAACUUCGGGUAGCCAAAGCAGAGCAACAAAAGAUGAAGAUUUUUAUGGAUUUGGUGAUUUUUUCAGGGAUGUACAAAUUACAUUAGAGGACUUCUUUAAGGAUGUUCAAGAAGAAUUCCGAAAUUGGGAAGCAAAUUUAGCCUCACAAGGGAAGAUGAAAAGUUUGUGGGAGGAAGUGGCGGAAAUCGGUGAAGAAUUCAUUGAGUUUUUAGAGAAGGAACUUAACAUAACUGAUGCUGAGGCAGAAGGGGAGAGUCUCAGGGGAAAAGCGACUCAAAAUAAUGGAUCUUCUAGUGUAGAUGGACUGGCAAGUGGCACAGAACAUAAAGCGACUGAAAAAAGAAGUAACAUUGAGGAAAAUUUGGAUGAGAUUGAAGAAGCUCUAGCUCAGUUGAAGAAGGAAUUGGGACUACUAUGAUGGAAAGGAUAGCAUAGUUCUUGGGGAAUCGCAAGGUGUUGUAUCAAUGUGUUAACUAGUUGCCAUUAAAUUCUCCCCAGGCUUAGUAUAUUCCCUCUACAUUGUUUGAGCGUAUUACUGUACAAGCGUAUACUCCACAUUUUUUUGUGUACAAGUGUAUUGUGUAUCAAUAUGAAGAUAGUAAAUUCAAUUGUAUUGAUUAUAGCACGUUUGAAGUGCAUCCAGUUUGUAGAUUAAACGAACAGAAAUAAUAGAAAUAAUAGUUAUGUGAUA